CACCCGCUGCGCAGUCUCCCGGUCUCUUGCCGGCUUGAACAUUCGCCGCGGCGACACUCGCAAGAUAUGCAGCCGGUUUCAGCACGCUCAGCUUCGCGGCUUCUUCUCGUCGCAGCGGCCAUUCUCCUGGUUCAGGUACUAGGUGAUGAGGUCACCACAAAGGCAGUCGUAGCUGACCAGGACAGCGGCGACACAAAGGCCGAGGCACUCGUAACGUCUCCGCCGUGCGACAAAGAAACAGAGAAAACGACAGUCACAUCGAAGAGGCCGAAGACCGCGGGUCGUCGUCCUUUGCGGCCGUUCAACCUGGGCAUCAAUAUUCCGUACUUCUUCAACAUGCGGUUACUCACUGGACCCGGGGGCACAGGGUUGGGCCUCAACGUCCCGGCCAUUCUCAACUUCCAGCUGGACGCCGCUCACCGAAGGCGGCCGGGAUUGCUGCUGAGCCUAUUCGGAAACAGGGAAAACCUGUUCAACCGUCGCAAGCGGCCGGGAAAUCCGCUGUUUAGCUCCCCGCUUCGGCCGCCGUUCACGCAAGCCCCGGAACAAGACAACGCCAUCGACAUCAAACGAAAGCCUGCCCAGAAGGCUGCGUGAACGGUCUUAUUAUAGUGGCUAGAAAGGUUUCUAGCCACUAUAAUAAGAAACCCUUCCAGCCCCUAUAGUCUUACAUGAGACGUGAAUGACUGAACUCCUUAAUCGCGCUGGUUGCGAAAAAUGUUGAUGCCGGUUUUAUGCUGCAAUCUUUAUUUCUUCGUGCGUGCUUGUUUUCCAGAUGUCGUAUAUUUAAUCGAAAACAGAAAAAAAGUAUUCACUUGCAUAAGCUUUAGAAUUUGAAGCAUUCAGUGUACAGUGCUACACAAAAAUAAAAACAAAAGAACCUGAUGCAUAUAUAUUCGUUCAAGUGUCGACAAGGCUGAGACUUUCUCUAUAAAAAAAGCGCUUUUUAAAAACCUCGAAUACCAAGUAUGACGGCUCGGAUGAAGGAUUACUCGACUGCCACGUAUCUCAUUGAUUUUCUUUAUCUGUGAACGCCUUCUUGGAAGGGCGAAAUAUGAAAGUGAAAGAGAGGCAGUACGAAAAAAAAAAACAAUAAAUAAAAAUAAAUACGCAUGCAAAUAAUGUCGGGGUGGUUGAGCACGCAUUGUUACUUCUGACAUUCCCAACAUUAUUUAGUAAGCCUAGCGAUAUUUUGGAGUUCGAGACGUCAAACCUUCUCUUGAUGUUCUUUUUAUGUGUUUCGCAAUAAAUACAUGACAAUUUGAAA